ACGUCAUAUUUAAAAAGAAAAUGAAUAAUUCUUCACGUCAGCUUUAAAUGAGCGACGAGAAGAGGAAAGAGGGCGACGAGGCCGAGGAUGAACGUCUCGAGUUCCUCCUCAACUACCUGACGAAGUCUUACAAGUUGAAACAAGAAAAAUGGAACAAGAUGAUCGGGGCAGAAGAAAACAGAAAAUUGAUCAUGAAAUUCUUCGAGAGUCCCACUCAACCGAUGCUGAUCCUCACCAUACCCUCCAGCGGUCUUCUUACACCAUUCACGUCAUUCAACAACCAAAUCAAACAGAAAUUCACCUACUUCAUCAGGAUAAAAGAGGCAGAGGUGACAAUGGAAAACUUCCGUUCCGUUCUAACGUUCGGAGACAUGUCUGGAAAACCAGUGGAAGACCUGGCGACCCUGGUAGAAGGCGUCUUCGUUCCACUCAUGUCGAAUCCAGGCAAUCAAGUGGGAUGGCCCAAAGUGGUAUCCCAAGACGUCAUUUCACACGUGAGGACGUUUAAAAGUACCGUGGAUCAGAUUAAAGGAGCCAUGAAGAGCCAAGUAGUACUGCCGAUGCCCCAAGGGAUGUCUAAGGUAUUCCAGGCCGUACAAACCUUUGAGAGUUCCGGUGGCGAGGAAGUGGACUUACCGCUGAAAACUACUCUGGAGAAUUGCGUGAUGAAGUGGGUGUCCAUCUGCGAAGAAGUACUGAAGCAAAACUCCCAAAUGUGUUUCGCCAACGGUGCUAAUCCGAUACCGGCCAACGAGGUGGAUUUCUGGAACGCCCGCCUAAAGAACAUCGAGUCUAUUUACGAUCAACUAAGAGAUCCACGUGUUAAAAAAAUGGGUGAAUACCUGGAAAUGACCAAGAGUACUUAUGCCAAAGCGUUCCAGGCUUUAUUCAAGGAUAUCGUGGCUGCCUUGGUGGAGGUUAGAGAUGUCACCAGGUAUUUGAAGACUUUGGUGCCGCAUUUUGGACGGUUCGAUGAGAAUGAGUUUUUGGAGACCGAUCCUUAUGUGAAACCGUUAGUCCACGUGAUCGGUCUGGUAUGGGCAAACUCGAAGUACUACUCAAGGAGCGACCGCAUCGUCAUUUUAUUCCGUAUGAUCGUCAACCAUUUGAUCGAUUCUGCCGAACGGACUCUGGAUCCAGGCAGUAUCUUCCAAGGCGAACCCGACGAGAUGUACGAGAAAAUCUGCACGACCAUAAGAAUUCUGGAAAACUUCGACACGUCAUUCGAGUACGUGCGCGAGAACCUGGAGUCGUACUAUCGGAUGCCCGAGAGCAGUACCGAGGAAAUCCCCGUGAAGAAACCGUGGAACUUCCACAGGAGGAACGUGUUUCAGCGCUUGUACGACUUCAUAGCCCGUCUGCACUUAGUCAAGGACAUUCUGCAAACGUUCAUCGAGUUCACCAAGCUGGAAAAGGUGGAAAUCGGGGGCAUCAAGGGCCGCUACCUCUCUGCCAAAUGUUUGGACAUUUUCGAGGAGUUCAACAAGGCAUACACCCAUUUCCAGAACAUUCAGUACGACGUCCUGAACACCAAACAAGACUUCUUGGUGAAAGACUACGAGAGUUUCCAAGAGACUUGCGCCGACUUUGAUAAGAGACUGGCAGCAAUAUUCUCACAAGCAUUUGACGAUUGUUACAAUCUGGAAACCAUGUUUAAGUACCUUAAUGUGGUGGGAAAUAUGUUUUCUAGGCGCUACAUUAACGGCAUCAUCACGGUGAAGUACCCACGCAUCACUCAAAUGUUCAAUGAAGAACUGGACACAGUCAAAGAACUCUUUGAUACUGCUAAGCGAGAUGGCGCACCCAUAGACAAGAACUACCCACCGCUAGCUGGAACUGUUCUUUGGCUCCAGAGGUUGUACCACAGAAUCUCAGUACCAGGCAAAGAGUUUAAACUAGUUGAAGACGAGAUAUUGACAUCUGAAGACACCGUGUUCGCCUUUAAGAAACUUGAUGAAAUGCUCGAGCUAAUCGAGAAGGAGCAGACGAGUGUCCUGAGGGAGUGGGCCCUCAAGGUUCCAGAUCAGAUCAAACUGAGCAUGUCCAAGUUUCAGCUGGUGAGGACCAGUACGGAUUUAUUGAAGCUGAACUUCGACAAGGAGCUCCAGGCGAUACUGAGAGAAAUAAAGUAUUUGAAGAGCAUGGAAAUUGAGAAUUUACCACCGGAGGCGUUGGAGUUGUUCGUGAAGAGCGAGGAGUUGUUCGGGUCGAUCGUGAAGUUCAACAGGAUCGUCGAGUGGUACAAUUAUUUGAAGAAGAAGACCACCGAUGAGGAGGCGAAUAUUAUCCAGGAGGAGCUUAAGGAGUUGGAUCAGUUGAUUUUGCAAGUUACCGACGUUUAUACGUGGGAUACGAAUAAUACCGAAAUCAUCCAACAAAUCUACGACGUAGUCAAAGAGCUGACGGACAGAGUAAAGAAAACCCAAUGCAACGUGGCCAACUUAAUAGCCGGAAUUAAUGUGUGGGCCAAACAAUUACUCUUCGAACGUAAAGAUGGCAAAAAAGAAAAUCUACUCUACUUGGAAGACCGUGUGGAUCGCUUACAAAAACGACAAGACCAGGUGACCGCCUCCAGUGUCGAACUCGAGAGGAUCAUCAAGGAAAACUACGAGUUGUUCUUCAAGGUGCCAAUGGAACCGGAAGAACCGCCCCCGCCGCCCGAAGAAGCGUCGCCACCGGAACCGCCUCCCGAGUCGCCCAAAAAGGGCGGCAAAAAAGACAAAGGCAAAAAGGAAAAAGUGAAAAAGAAAACCGAGGAGGAAUUGGAAAAGGAAGCGGAGGAGGCACGGCUUAAGGAGGAAGAGGAGAGAAAGAGAGAGGUCCAGAUGGGAAUGUGGCAACCGUAUUUGGCGCGAUUGGAUAAAACUAUUGAGGAUAUCAUUGUAGACUUUGUCCGGAUUAAUCAGAGGAGUUUUAUUAAUGAAAUGGCGGAAAAUGCCGCGAGUCCAUUGUUGGAACUGGUCAUGGAGUUACACGAGCCCAAUAUCGCCUUUGUACCGUCAAUUGUUAUGGCGGAACCAGUCAAUUUUGCUUCUUUUAUGGAAGACCUCCUUGAAGACAUUUACUCGCUGAGUAACUUCAUGAAGCACGCCGAUCCCAACCUGGCAGACCAAAACUACUACGACUUGAUAAAAGAAGAUGCGGAAUUGGCGCAAGAGAGAGCGGAAAUCAUUAGCCGCGUGAUAAGCGGAAUGGAGGCAGCUGCCGCUUACGAAAAGGAGUACGACGAGUACUACAUGUUGUGGGAGGAGGACAGACAAGAGUUCUUACGUCAAUUCUUAUUAUAUGGCCGACUGUUAAGCUUGGAAGAGGUAUACAAGAUCAGAGACGAAGGAGAAGAUGCCAUUAAAGAGACUCCGCCCACCAUCAAGCAGUUUAAGGAUCAAAUUGAUUUUUAUGAAGAUUUAUAUAAAAAGGUUGAGCUGCUCCCAAUGGAGAAGAUUCUCAACCCGUGGCUGCGAGUCGACGUACGUCCAUUACGUCAAGCGAUCCUAAAUGCUGUCUGCAAAUGGGGCAAUUUGUUCAAACAGCAUCUCUACAACCGCGUCAUCAAUAGCCUCGAGGAUUUGGAAAGUUUUAUUAAAGAGGCUGUGGCAGCCAUGCAAGUACCACUCUCAGAAGAUGAUUAUGACGGCCUACUGAAGGUGAUGGGGUACUUGUUCAAAGUGAAAGAGAGACAAGUGGAUACUGACGCCAUGUUCGAGCCUCUGAAGCAAAUCAUGGAUUUGCUAAAGGAGUACAACGUGGAGUUUCCAGAGGAGGUGGUGGUGCAGCUUCAAGAGAUCCCUGAUAGGUGGAUACAUUGUAAAAAGGUGGCAGCCACGACAAAACAAGCGGUGGCGCCCCUACAGGCCCUCCAAGUAAACGCCAUCAAACGUCGCAUAAACCUCUUCGAAAUCCGUCAAAAUAUGUACCGGGACCAAUUCAAAAACUUCAGAUUCUUCAACUGGGACUGCCCGAACUUGUACGGUUUACUGGACAAAACGCACUCGGAAUGCUUCGAGCUGGAAACCGAACGAGACAAACUGGAAGAGCAGGCGAACCUCUUCGAACUCACUCUGCCAGAGUUCAAAGCGAUGAGAGCGACGAGGAAAGAGUUGAAGCAACUGAAGCAACUCUGGGAUUUCAUUAACGUGGUGAGGUCGUGUAUCGAGGAGUGGAAGUUGACCCCUUGGAAGAAGAUCGACGUGGAAAACAUGGAAAUGGAAUGUAAAAAGUAUGGAAAGGAGAUCAGGCAAAUGGAUAAGGAGAUUAAAGGUUGGGACGCCUACAUCCAGCUGGACGCCACUAUUAAGAACAUGCUGACUUCCUUGAGGGCCGUGACGGAAUUACAGAAUCCUGCCAUCCGUGAUAGGCACUGGAUACAACUUAUGCAAGCCACCAAGGUAAAAUUCGUAAUGGACGACGACACCACCCUAAGCGACCUCUUGGCCCUUAACCUCCACGAAUACGAAGAGGACGUGAAAAACAUCGUGGACAAAUCGGUGAAAGAAAUGGCAAUGGAGAAGGUGCUCAAGGAGCUGAACGCCACCUGGAGCGUCUUGGAGUUCGGCUCCGAGCUACACGAUCGCACCAAACUGAAGUUGCUCACCAUAGCGGAGGAAGUGGUCGAAACGCUGGAGGAAAACCAGGUGGCGUUACAGAACAUGAUGACCUCGAAGUUCAUCGAUUUCUUCUUGGGCGAGGUGUCCGACUGGCAAAAGAAGCUCGGAAACGCCGAUCAGGUGAUUCAGGUGUUCUUCGAGGUGCAAAGGAAAUGGAUGUACUUGGAGAGUAUAUUUAUCGGUUCGGAAGAUAUAAGGAGCCAACUGCCGGAGGACUCGAGGAGGUUCGAUAAGAUCGAUAGGGACUUUAAGGAGGUUCUGCGAGACAUGUCGCAGACUCCUAAUAUUGUCAAGGCCACGAACAAGGCUGGACUAUAUGAGAAGCUUGAAGUGUUAUUUAGCGAACUUACCCUUUGCGAGAAGGCGCUGAAUGACUAUUUGGAGACUAAGCGUUUGGCCUUUCCCAGGUUCUACUUCGUCUCUUCCGCCGACUUACUGGACAUCCUCUCCAAUGGCAAUCAGCCAGACCUGAUCCAGAGGCACUUGACCAAACUGUUCGACUCCCUGGCCAAGAUGGUCUUCAUCCAGGAGGGUGGCAAAAACAGCAAACGCGCCAAAGAAAUGAUCUCCAAAGAAAACGAGGAGCACGUGACCUUCACGUACGUCUGCGACUGCAACGGCAAAGUGGAAACCUGGCUGAAUCGGGUUAUCGACGUUAUGCGUGCCACCCUCCACCAACUCUUUGGCGAAGCGGUGGUGACUUAUGACGAGAAACCGAGGGAGGUGUGGAUUUACGACUACCCAGCUCAGCCUGCUCUAUGCGGUACACAAAUCUGGUGGACCACAGAAGUGAACAUGGCCUUCGCCCGAUUAGAAGAAGGCUACGAAAAUGCCCUGAAAGACUAUCAAAAGAAGCAGAUCAAUCAACUGAGCGCGCUGAUCAAUCUGCUCCUGGGGGAUCUAACCCCCGGGGAACGUCAGAAGAUCAUGACGAUCUGUACGAUCGACGUGCACUCCCGAGAUGUCGUGGCGAAGAUGAUCCUGAUCAAAGUGGAGAACUCGCAGGCGUUCCAGUGGCAGAGUCAGCUGAGGCACCGGUGGGACGAAAAGGAGAAGGAUUGUUUUGCCAACAUCUGCGAUGCCCAGUUUCGGUAUUCUUACGAGUAUCUUGGGAAUACGCCGCGGUUGGUGAUCACACCUUUGACUGAUCGAUGUUACAUAACUUUAACCCAAAGCCUGCACUUGAUAAUGGGUGGGGCCCCGGCGGGGCCCGCCGGUACUGGCAAAACUGAGACAACCAAAGACUUGGGAAAAGCUUUAGGAAUGAUGGUGUAUGUCUUCAAUUGCUCCGAACAAAUGGACUAUAAGUCAAUAGGAAACAUUUAUAAGGGUUUGGCCCAGACGGGAUGCUGGGGCUGUUUCGACGAAUUCAACCGGAUAUCUGUGGAGGUGCUCUCAGUGGUGGCGGUACAGGUCAAAUUAAUCCAAGACGCCAUCAAGGACAAAAAACAGAGAUUUUUCUUUUUAGGACAAGAUAUUGGAUUGAUACCGACGGUCGGCCUAUUCAUCACCAUGAACCCGGGAUACGCAGGCCGCACAGAACUCCCCGAAAACCUAAAAGCGCUCUUCAGACCGUGCGCGAUGGUCGUGCCAGACUUCGCCUUGAUCUGCGAGAUCAUGUUGGUCGCAGAGGGUUUCCAAGAGGCCCGUCUUUUAGCCAGAAAGUUCAUCACCUUAUACACCUUGUGCAAAGAACUGCUCAGCAAACAGGACCAUUACGAUUGGGGUCUGAGGGCCAUAAAGUCGGUCCUGGUGGUAGCCGGAUCCCUGAAAAGGGGCGACAAGCAACGUCCCGAAGACCAAGUGCUCAUGAGAGCCCUGAGGGACUUUAACAUUCCAAAGAUCGUCACAGAUGACACGCCGGUCUUUAUGGGCUUAAUAGGGGAUCUGUUCCCAGCCCUGGACGUGCCUCGGAAACGCAACAUGGAGUUUGAAAAGAUGAUCAAGAAGACCGCGAUGGAGAUGAAACUGCAGCCGGAGGAGGGUUUUAUCUUGAAGGUGGUGCAGCUGGAGGAACUGUUUGCGGUGAGACACUCGGUGUUCAUCAUAGGGUUCGCGGGCACAGGAAAAUCGAUGGUGUGGAAGUGCUUGAAUCGCACUUACGCCAACCAGAAGCUGAAGCCAGUUUAUAACGACCUGAACCCUAAGGCGGUGACCAACGACGAACUAUUUGGGGUCAUCAAUCCCUCUACAAGAGAAUGGAAAGACGGUUUGUUCUCAGUUAUCAUGAGGGAUCAAGCGAACUUGACGGGAGACGGUCCAAAGUGGAUUGUGCUUGACGGAGAUAUUGACCCCAUGUGGAUCGAAUCCUUGAACACUUUAAUGGAUGACAAUAAGGUACUAACGUUGGCCAGCAAUGAACGGAUCGCCUUAACGCGUGCCAUGAGAUUGCUCUUCGAAAUCGCUAAUUUACGAACGGCCACCCCCGCCACAGUUUCCAGAGCGGGAAUUUUGUACAUCAACCCAGCCGAUUUGGGUUGGAACCCGUUUAUAGCCUCCUGGAUCGACACCAGGACAAUUCAGAGCGAAAAGGCCAACUUGAUGAUCCUGUUCGACAAGUACGUGCCGCCCUGCUUGGAGGCGGUCCAUAAAAAAGUGAAAAAAAUCACCCCCAUAUCCGACAUUGCCCACUUGAGCAUGCUGGUGAACUUGCUCGAUUGCUUCUUGACCCCCCAGAACGUCCCUCCGGAUUGUCCCAAAGAGUGGUACGAGAUUUAUUUCGCCUUUUCGGUGGUAUGGUCCUUCGGUUCCGCCCUAUUCCAGGACCAAAUUGUCGACUGGAGAAACGAGUUCAGCAAAUGGUUCACCAACGAGUUCAAAACCGUCAAGUUCCCCAUAGGGGGUAACGUAUUCCAGUACUUCAUUGAAGAGGAAACGAAACGGUUCGUACCAUGGACCGAACUGGUGCCACCAUUUGAACUGGACAUGGACAUACCGUUGCAAGCGACUUUAGUAAACACUGCUGAAACCAGCAGGAUAAGAUUCUUUGUUGAUCUCCUAAUGUCCAUGAAGGCCCCGGUGAUGCUAGUGGGUCCAGCUGGCAGCGGCAAGUCAGUAAUAAUCCAGGAAAAACUCAACUCCCUCACGGAUAACUAUGCGGUCACCAAUGUGCCCUUUAACUUCUAUACUACAUCGGAAAUGUUGCAAAAAAUCUUGGAGAAACCUCUGGAAAAGAAGGCGGGAAAGGUGUACGGCCCUCCGGGGAGCAAAACCAUGAUCUACUUCAUCGACGACAUGAACAUGCCUGAAGUGGAUAAAUACUUCACCGUGCAACCCCACACUCUCCUCAAGCAAUACAUGGACUACCAGCACUGGUACGACCGCCAGAAACUCUCCCUGAAAGACAUCCACAAUGUCCAGUUCAUAUCCGCGAUGAACCCCACCGCCGGUUCGUUCACCAUAGACCCGAGACUCCAAAGGCACUUUUGCGUCUUCGCGGUGAGUUUCCCUUCGGAGGAGAACUGCUUGCACAUAUACAACUCGAUCUUCUCGCAACAUCUGGAGAACACGCACAACAAGUUCAACUCGACCAUCCAGAAACUGUGCCCCACCUUGGUUCAAGCGGCUUACUCGCUCCACACAAAAGUCGGUCAAACAUUUUUACCGACUGCCGUGAAAUUCCAUUACACCUUCACCCUCAGGGACAUCUCGAACAUAUUCCAGGGAAUGUUGUUUGCCACUGGUGCGGCCAUCCAAAACCAGACCACCUUUAUACGGUUAUGGAUGCACGAAGCAAAUAGGGUUUACGGGGAUAAACUGGUGGAGCGACGGGAUAUGGACACUUACAAUAAGCUAGUUAUUGAGUCAGUGAAAAAGGGUUUUGAGGAGAUAGAUGAAAACGCCAUAUUUGAAAAGCCGUUGAUCUUUUGCCAUUUUGCCGAAGGGAUCGGGGAUCCCAAGUACUUCCCUAUAGUAGAUUUCGAACAUCUUAGCAGGCUCCUGCAUGAAGCUCUCAACGGCUAUAACGAUUUAGUAGCGGCAAUGAACUUGGUGCUCUUUGAGGACGCCAUGUACCAUAUCUGCAGGAUCAAUCGCAUCCUGGAGGCUCCAAGAGGCAACGCCUUACUAGUGGGGGUGGGUGGCUUCGGCAAACAGUCCCUCACACGCUUAGCAUCCUUCAUAUCCUCGUUCGAAGUAUUCCAAAUCCAACUUAAAAAGGGUUAUUCCAUGGCAGACAUGAAGGCUGACAUAGCGAGCCUUUAUAUGAAAGUAGGCCUUAAAAGUAUCGGCAUAGUUUUCCUUAUGACCGACGCCCAAGUCCCCGACGAGUCCUAUUUGGUCCUGAUUAAUGACGUGUUGGCCUCAGGUGAAAUCAGCGAGCUCCUACCAGACGAGGACGUGGAAAACGUUAUAUCCGCCAUGAGGGGCGAGGUGAAAGGCGUUGGCCUGCAAGACACCCGAGAAAACUGCUGGAAAUUCUUUAUAGAUCGCGUGAGGCGACUCUUGAAAAUCGUCCUGUGCUUCUCACCGGUUGGUUCCACCUUAAGAGUAAGGGCCCGCAAGUUUCCAGCGCUAGUAAACUGCUCCUCCAUCGAUUGGUUCCAUGACUGGCCCACAGAAGCCUUACAGUCAGUAUCCAGAAGAUUCCUAGCGGAAAUUGAGGUGCUUCCUCCCAAACUGGUCAACUCAGUCUCACUCUUUAUGUCCCACGCCCACGGGGUCGUAAACCAGUUCUCAGAGAUCUACCUGCUAAACGAGAAACGCUACAACUACACCACCCCCAAGUCCUUCCUGGAACAAAUCGACUUAUAUCGUAAACUGUUGACAGAAAAAAACGAGGAUAUCCACAACAACAUCACGCGCCUCCAGAACGGCUUGACCAAGCUGGCCUCCACUUCCGAAGAAGUGGACGGCCUCAAGGAUGUCUUGGCGGUACAGGAGGUGGAGCUCGGUACGAAGAACGCAGCAGCUACUGCCCUCAUAGAAGUUCUUUCAGUAGAAAACGAGAAAGUGGCCAAAGAGCAAGCGAUCGCCAGCGAGGAGGAAGCGAAAGUCAAGGUGUUCGAAGAAGACGUGUCUGCCAAAGCGAAAGUGUGCGCUGACGACUUGGCUAAAGCCGAACCAGCCUUGGUGGCGGCCCAACAGGCCCUAAACACCUUAAACAAAAACAACUUGACGGAGCUAAAGUCCUUCGGGAGCCCCCCGGAGGCGGUGGUGUCAGUAUGCGCGGCCGUCCUGGUGCUCUUCUCAAAAAAAGGUAAAAUCCCCAAAGACCGCAGCUGGAAGGAGUGCAAAACCAUGAUGAACAAAGUCGAUCAGUUCCUAAACGACUUAAUUUAUUAUGACAAGGAGAACAUGCAACCGGAAAUCGUCAAAGCCACGCAAGAAUACUUGAAAGAUCCCGACUUUCAGCCGGAGAAGAUCCUCAGCAAAUCAGCUGCCGCUGCCGGUUUAUGCGCCUGGGUCAUCAACAUUUUAAAGUUCUACGAGGUGUUCGUAGUGGUGGAGCCUAAGAGGAAAGCACUGGCUCAAGCCAAUAAAGAGCUAUCAGACGCCAGAGCUAAGCUGGCCGAGCUCAAAGUGAAACUGGAGUACUUGGAACAGCAGCUGGGACUCCUGCGGGCGGACUUUGAGGAGGCGACCAAUGCGAAGCUGAAGUGCCAAGCCGAAGCUGACGCCACAGCUCAAAUGAUCGACCUAGCUAAUCGGCUGGUCAACGGAUUGGCUUCGGAAAACAUCCGCUGGAGGCAACUCAUUAAGGACUAUAACGCGGCAAUCAUCACUAUCCCAGGCGACAUGUUGCUUGUCACCGCCUUUUUGUCUUACCUAGGAUGUUUUACGAAAAAAUACCGUAUGGAUAUGCUGGAGAAACAUUGGAGGCCCUACUUUAAAAACUUAGAAGUGCCGAUACCGAUGACAGAGGGCUUAGACCCGAUGACUUUAUUAGCAGAUGAUGCGAAAAUCGCCCAAUGGAACAACGAAGGGCUGCCCACUGACCGAAUGUCCGCUGAAAAUGCCAGCAUACUCCUAAGCUCGAGCCGCUGGCCCCUCAUGAUUGACCCCCAAUUGCAAGGCGUUAAAUGGAUUAAAACCCGUUACGGGGAGAACUUAAGGGUGGUAAGGACCACCCAAAGAACUUAUCUGGAUGUGAUUGAAGACGCCAUAUCAAAAGGCGGAACGAUUUUAAUAGAAAACAUCGGGGAGAACCUGGACGCGGUGCUGGACCCCGUUUUAGGAAGGGUCCUGAUAAAAAAGGGGCGAGCCAUUAAAAUGGGGGAUAAGGAAGUGGAUUAUGACCCCCGAUUCCGCUUAAUUCUGCACACGAAAUUGGCUAAUCCCCAUUAUAAGCCAGAGAUACAGGCCCAAACCACUUUGAUUAACUUUACGGUGACCCGUGACGGCUUGGAGGAACAACUGCUGGCCGAAGUGGUGAAAGCGGAACGACCGGACCUGGAAACCCUAAAAUCAUCCCUUACCAAGCAGCAAAACGAUUUCAAGAUAACCUUGAAAACUUGCGAAGAUAAUUUACUGUAUAAGCUCUCCUCUGCUACGGGGAACAUCCUUGGGGAUGUGGAGCUGGUCCUAAACCUGGAAACCACCAAGAAAACCGCCAAUGAAAUUGCCGUUAAAGUGGAAGAAGCUAAAAUUACCUCGGUGAAGAUUGAUGAGGCGCGUGAACAGUAUAGACCGUGUGCCGCCAGGGCUUCGCUCCUAUACUUCAUCCUCAACGAUUUGUUUAGGAUCAAUAUGAUUUAUCAGUUUUCCUUAAAAGCGUUUAGCGUGGUGUUUAUCGAUGCCCUCAAAAGGGCGGUGCCAGCUGAAAAACUCAAAGAUCGAGUGCUGAAUCUGCUGGACAGCAUAACGUUCUCGGUGUUCAUGUACACCUCGAGGGGCCUGUUUGAGUGCGACAAGCUGACCUUUAUGGCCCAAAUGACCAUCCAGAUAUUUAUACAUUCAGGUGAAAUAAACCCCGAGGAGCUGGACUUCUUGCUACGUUUCCCGGUGAUUGCCAACUUAAGUUCCCCGGUGGAUUUCCUCAACAACAUCUCCUGGGGUGGCAUCAAGGCCCUCUGCCAAAUAGACGAGUUCAAAAGUCUCGAUAAAGACCUGGAAGGUUCGGCUAAAAGAUGGAGGAAGUUUGUCGAGAGCGAGUGCCCCGAAAAGGAAAAAUUCCCGGGCGAAUGGAAGAACAAAACCACCCUACAAAAGUUAUGCAUAAUGAGAUGCCUUAGGCCUGACCGUAUGACGUAUGCGGUGACCCUUUAUAUCGAAGAAAAACUGGGAACCAAGUACAUCACGGCAAGAAGUGUCGCUUUCGAGAAAUCUUACGAGGAAACCAGCGCAGCCACCCCAGUGUUUUUCAUAUUAUCCGCGGGAGUGAACCCGUUAAAAGAUGUGGAAAUGAUGGGCAAAAAAUUGGGAUUCACAUUUGACAGCGGAAAUUUCCACAGCGUGUCCCUCGGACAGGGUCAAGAGAUUGUGGCUGAAAAUGCGAUGGAUUUGGCGGCACAGGAGGGCCAUUGGGUCAUAUUACAAAACAUCCAUUUGGUCCAGAAGUGGCUGGCAACACUAGAAAAGAAAAUGGAACAGUGUGCAGAUGGAGGUCACAUGAACUAUCGAUUGUACCUCAGCGCGGAACCCUCCGGGGAUCCCCAUAGCUGCGUAAUUCCCCAGGGAAUCCUGGAAUCUUCCAUUAAAAUUACUAAUGAGCCGCCCACCGGUAUGUACGCAAACCUUCAUAAGGCUCUCGAUAAUUUCAACCAGGAAACGAUGGAGAUGUCUUCGAAGGAGGCCGAGUUCAAGCUGAUUUUGUUCGCUUUGUGUUAUUUCCAUGCGGUGGUGGCCGAAAGGCGGAAAUUUGGUCCGCAGGGAUGGAAUAGGAAUUAUCCGUUUAAUGUUGGCGAUCUGACUAUUAGCGUCAGUGUUUUGUACAAUUAUUUGGAAAAUAACAAUAAGGUCCCUUUCGAAGAUUUACGUUAUCUCUUUGGGGAAAUCAUGUAUGGAGGACACAUAACCGAUGACUGGGAUCGAAGACUAUGUAGAAACUACUUGUUAACAUAUAUGCAACCUGAAUUAUUAGAAGGAGACUUACAGUUUGCACCAGGAUUCUUCGCCCCACCGAACACGGACUACGUCGGUUACCACAAGUACAUCGACGACAGACUGCCACCGGAAAGUCCGUAUUUAUACGGUCUACACCCGAACGCGGAAAUCAUGUUUUUAGCAAGCACCUCCGAGAACAUGUUCAGAACCAUAUUCGAGAUGCAACCGAGAGACUCUAGUACCGCCGCCGGUAGCGGAAUGUCACGGGAGGACAAGGUGCGAAACACCCUGGAAGAAAUCUACGACAAACUCCCGGAGGAGUUUCCCGUUCAGGAGAUGAUGGCCAAAGUAGAGGAACUAACUCCCUACAUAAUCGUGGCGUUCCAAGAGUGCGACCGCAUGAACAAUUUAACUAGGGAGAUGAGGCGUUCGCUGAGGGAACUGGACCUCGGCAUGAAAGGCGAGCUGACCAUUACGUCGGAGAUGGAGGUACUAGAAGAAUCACUUUUUAUGGAUGCUGUACCGGAAUCGUGGGCGGUCAAGGCGUAUCCCAGUAUGCUGCCGUUGGGACAAUGGGUCGGCGAUCUUAGUCUUAGGAUAAAAGAGCUGGAAGGUUGGACAACAGACUUCUCGAUGCCGGCCGCUGUAUGGCUGGGAGGUUUCUUUAAUCCCCAAUCGUUCUUGACCGCUAUUAUGCAACAAACGGCCCGAAAGAACGAAUGGCCGUUGGAUAAAAUGUGUUUGAUGACGGACGUGACGAAGAAGCAGAAAGAAGACUUUACGUCUGCUCCUAGGGAGGGUUCUUAUGUCCACGGUCUGUUUAUGGAAGGAGCAAGAUGGGAUACUCAGCUAAAUAGUAUAGCUGAUUCUAAGCUGAAGGAGCUCUUCCCAGUGGUCCCGGUGAUUUUCAUAAAAGCGAUUACGCAGGAUAAGCAGGAUCUCCGGAACAUGUACGACUGUCCAGUGUAUAAGACGAGGACGAGGGGACCCACGUUUGUUUGGACGUUUAAUUUGAAAACUAAAGAGAAGGCGUCCAAGUGGACGUUGGCUGGCGUAGCUAUUUUACUACAAGUUUAGUGAUAUGUAACAAUUUUUUUUAAUGUGAUAAUUUAAAUAUUAAUAAUGUGCUAUUCAAUGUUAAAGAUUGAUUUAAAUAAAUGUUAAUAGAGAA